ACGAAUCACGUGAAGUCACGUGCAAAUGAUUUGUUUCUUUAAUACAAAUUACAAUUACAAUAACAUAAUAAUGCCAUGGUUGGCGGUUUCCCCGCGUCACCCAUAUAAACACGUCUAACUUGAAACCCAUCGUCCCCCUCCUCUGUUCCAUUCCAUCUCUCUCUCUCUCUGACGCUGCGAAAGCGCAGAUUCAGAUCUAAACCUCUGUUUCGCGGCGACAUUCCUCGGGACGAGAAUGGCGACGGUUUCACCUUUAGCCAAGUACAAGCUGGUUUUCCUCGGCGAUCAAUCCGUUGGCAAGACUAGCAUCAUCACUCGAUUCAUGUACGACAAAUUCGACACCACUUACCAGGCUACUAUUGGAAUCGAUUUCUUGUCCAAAACCAUGUACCUUGAAGAUCGGACUGUUCGUCUGCAGCUCUGGGACACAGCUGGGCAGGAGAGAUUUCGGAGUCUAAUACCAAGCUACAUCAGAGAUUCUUCCGUUGCUGUAAUUGUCUACGAUGUGGCAAAUAGGCAAUCGUUUUUGAACACCUCGAAGUGGAUCGAGGAAGUCCGUACAGAGAGAGGCGGUGAUGUUAUCAUUGUUCUCGUGGGUAACAAAACCGAUCUCGUGGACAAAAGGCAAGUCUCAAUAGAGGAGGGGGACAACAAAGCUCGAGAGUUCGGAGUAAUGUUCAUAGAGACAAGUGCCAAAGCAGGAUUCAACAUCAAGCCGCUGUUUCGCAAGAUAGCAGCAGCCCUGCCAGGGAUGGAGACACUUUCCUCGACAAAACAGGAAGACAUGGUGGAUGUUAACUUGAAGCCAUCGACCAAUUCUUCUCAGGCCGAGCAACAACGAGGUGGAUGCGCUUGUUAAUGAUACACACACACACAC